CGUUUUAAGAAAAAUAUGAAAACAACUUGUAUAUAUCAGUUGGUUACGAAAUAUUCUGCUUAUAUAUAUAUUUUUGAGAUCUGGGGGAAGGCUACUCUUAUUUUAAUUUUCUAUUUCUGAAAUUUCAUUUUCAAUUUUUUCAUCAUGGACCUAAAAAUCAUUCCCUAAAUAACUCAAAAUAUAAUGACUAAUUUCACCAAUCACCACCUGCUUGACAUGAUUUUUCAGUAUUCUAAACUCACCUAUUUGCUGAUUGAUGUGUCCUUGAAGACAGAAGUAAUGAAAUAAAAUAAAUAAUAAAAUUGAAUGCCCUAUUUUAUUUCUGAAUAAAAAAUGAGUCACCCUGUAAAUACACACAGUUUUAUAUUUAUAGUUUGCAGCCCAACUUUAUCAGUUAUCAAUUUCAGCUUCCCAACAAGUUAGGACAAGUUUGCAUUUUAUAAAGACAUCAUUAUGUUGUUAACGUAUAAACUUAUGUGACCUCUCCAAAUUUGAUUUACUUUAAUAGAAGUUUGGCUGUGCCAAAGAAGACAAGAAAUGUAACAUAUUUAUGUUGUUACAAAGUAUUUCUUCACGACUUUUCGGAAAAAUGAACGGUAACAGUACACCAAAUGGAGACAGGUGCUCCUGCGACAAAUCGGAGCUCGUAGAAAGCGACAGUAGUAAUUCUGAAGCUCCAAUGUCGUCGAAAGAUAAAAAGAGCAAGAUCAGUUUAUUCAACCUCAGACGUGCAAGGCCUUUGCAUUUUACAUCAAAGAGAAAUAAAAAGUCACCUCCACUCGCUACAUCACCCAGUACAAGUACCAAUUCGAUAAAAAAAUCUCCAAAGUGGAGCAUUAAAUUUAACUGUACCAAAAAAGAGCCCAAAGUUGCCUUCAAUCAAGAAAAUCAAAAUUGUUGCAGAUGUACUUGUUACAGACGUACCAAUGAUCAUUUCUCAGGGACUAAUGCGGUUGCCGCUAGCGAAACUAGUGAGAAAACGCCAACAGAGGCUUCCGUUAGCAGCAGUAGUUCAAAUGUAGAUGUAAGGGAUUACAGCGAAAGUCGAGCAGCGCAGGCGGAGGUAUCAGAUCAAAUACCCAACAUUGAGAUUGAACAAACUGAUGGAAUUAGGGGUAUUUAUAGUACUGCACCUGCUACUAGUUCAAUCCCGAAUAUUAUCAUUAGCGCACCUUUUCUGGAUAUGCAAUGGAUGCGAAGCUCACACGAAGACUGUGAAGAGGCGGCCCGACUGGCUCGAGCCCGGGAGAUAGAACAAGGCGUAGCGGCGCCUGCCAAUUUCAGAUCGCUAAGGAGGGUACAGUUGCUCUGCUCGGACGUCGAGGCGGACUGUGGCCAAUCGCAGAUACCGAGACGGUUACAGUUGGUGUGCCCUCCGGAUCUUAGUGUCGAGUCGCUCAGGGCCCUCUUUCAAAAUAACGUCACCUUGACGUCGUGCCCGCUGGACACCAUACCUGGUUGUCACACUCAGGUGGACUUUAUACAUUGCCUUGUGCCUGAUUUGUUGAAUAUUACUAACUGCAGUUUUUACUGGGGAAAGAUGGAUCGAUACGAGGCCGAAAGGUUACUGGACGGGAAACCAGAAGGGACUUUCCUGUUGAGGGAUUCCGCCCAAGAGGAGUUUCUGUUCAGCGUCUCGUUCCGCAAGUACAGCCGUUCCUUACACGCCCGUAUAGAACAGUGGAACCACAAGUUCAGCUUUGAUUCUCACGACCCUGGUGUUUUUACCUCCGAUACAGUAUGUGGCCUUAUCGAACACUACAAAGACCCGAGUAGCUGUAUGUUUUUCGAACCGGUGCUGACUUGGCCUCUACAUAGAAAUUUCACGUUUUCCUUGCAGCAUUUGGCUAGAGCGGCGAUUGUUAGUAGGUUGACGUACGACAACAUAAACCAACUGCAAUUACCCAAAACCCUCAAGACCUACUUAAAAGAGUACCAUUACAGGCAAAAGGUUAGGGUGGAACGGUUCGACGACGACGUCCAGUGGUUGGAGCUUAGAAAUAUGCCGACCUGAUUGAUCGGCCUGACUAAAUUUUGGAAGUUUCUAUACUUAACGGAGGAAGUAAGUUAGUCGCCUCUAAUUCGUAAGACUAUUUAUUGUCGUUUCUAUUUGCCGUCGCAAAUACACAUUUCUUUUUUAUGAAUCGUAUAAAUAUAAAAUUAACAUAUCAGUUUUGUAUUAAGUACUAAUUGUCUAAUAUCACGUUUGAGUUGAAGUUUGUAUAUUUCGUUCUUGCCAGGCUUUUUGAAUAAAAAAAAAAUUAUAUGGAGUGAAAUGCAGACACCGUAAAAUUUAUACGUGGACGAAAAUUUAUCAUAAAUUUGUUUAUUUUCUCUGAUUUAAGGAAUUCAUUACAAGAGAUUAGCCAAAAGUGCGAAAUAAAUUUGUUAUUUAAUAAAAAAUGAAUAAUUUUAUAAUCCGCGUGGUGGAAAAAUGGAAGAAAUUUCAUCAAAUUAUGGUAAAUUUUAUAGAGCUGCAUAAAUUCAAGAAAUUCGUUACUGUGCUGUUUCUUUAAAUAGAAAUUCUUAUUAUUUUGACACAUUUAAGAAAAUUCACAAAUAUCCUUUUGCUGCGUUAAUGUUACGAAAUAAAAUGUUUUGCAGAAUUAGUUAUAUUAAUAAAUAUAAGUAAUGGGAUGUUGAAUCAGUUCUCGCUGUUUUUUUUGUGGAAAUUGAUGCUUUAUUUAAAAAAAUUGGUAAAAAACAUGUCACUGAAAGUACUGUCCAGGCAUUAUUUUUUCCCAUCUUUCUGGCAGCAUUUUGAUGGUUGCUUUCGGUGUGCAGCAAAAUAAAACGCUCUCAACGGUAAAAAUAAAAGUAUUUUUAUUGAAAACAAAUUAGUGAAGAAUACGUGUUGUCGGGGUGAGCUAGAGAGUCCUCUUGGUGUGGAGUCGGUAGGUAUUGAGUAAGCAUCUGGUCGCUGGCGCCAAUCCGCCGUGGUCCCUUCCUGGAACCCUGGUGCGUCCGGGCGGCAUCAAGCUGGCGCUCUUGACGUAAUACUAAAAGUGGGUCACUUGCAGACAUGUGUAUCCCCAAUUUUAAUUCUACAUCGGGAAAAUGACACGUCUCUUGAGGCUAUCUAAGAGUCGCCCCAGUUUUUGGCACUUUCAUAAGAAUGUAAGUGCUCCAGAGCCAGGCUAUGUGCCAUCGAUCGGAACAAAUGAUAAUCAGAAGGGACAAUGUCUGGUAAAAUGGCAUUUCCAAGUAGUUUUUCACCGGUUUUGCAACAUGUGGCCCAGCGUUGUCAUGCUACAAAAUCACUUUGUCGUAUCUUUGCUCGUGUAGUGGUAGUUUUUCCUUCAAUGUUCGUCUCAAAUGCAUCAAUUGUAUUCGAUAGUGAUCCCCAAAGUUCCCUUUAAGCCACGCGGGUGCGUGGGAACGCGCUAAUUUUCCGAAAGUUGCGCAGCCGUUUUUGUAUUCUGCGUACAAUGGGCUUGUUCACCAUUUUUUAAGUUUAAUUUUUUAAAAGAAUUGCCUCUGAAAAUGGCAAAAAUUCAAAUUUUACAAUUGCUUUAAAAUGCAGUUUUUAAGAUUUAUUUAAAAAAAAAAAUUGUGACUUCAACCACAGGCACAGGUCUGCCUUCCACUUCUGAACAUUUUUGCUCCCAUAUACUUUUGUACCGCGUAGUCAGCGAAAAAAUUAGAGGAAACAUUGGUGAUCUCCCGUGAGACUUCAUUUGGGUUGAGCAUAAUAAACUACACCCAGCUGAUCCCACCAAAUGCAGAGCAGAAGCUGUUGAUGCACGGCCAGGCUUAUCCCAUAAUUUUCUACGCAUAGGUUUAUACCUUAAAAUACCUUUCCUUUUCUCCCGUUGAAGCAGCUGUUCACACAUGCAAGAAUGGCGUUCAACUUUUCUUGGCUUCAACUAGUAUGGCGCUCAAUAUUCUUAAUUUGAAAUCAUUCUUAAUGUUUUUAAAUAUUUGGAAACCAUUGUGUGAUCAACUCCUAAUGAUUCGACGAGUUCAGUUAGCCCCUGACACGAGUCUUUAUGAAGUAAUUCGGUGCGCCAGAACGUUCUUUAUCUUCAAAGUCAAAAGCAUUAUUUUCGAAGUGUCUCAACCAAUCUGCACGUCGUUUGUGAUAGAAGAUAGUUGCCGUAAGUCUCGAUAAGAAUUCUGUGUGCUUCAGCAGCAAAUUUUUUCUCUGCAAAUAGUCUUUGUUCGGCACAAAGUUCGAUAUUUUUAACGGCGAAAUAACACUGAAUUUCAAGCUGGCUUAGAGUGUCUGUUUUAGGUGCGUUACCAUCUUAAACUACGCAGACGCACUUCUGGUAGCGCUAUCUUUUGGAAAACGGCGAGAACUUAUUCAACUUCCCUAUUUUUAAAGGGCAUAAUAAAAUUUCACUAUAAAGGAGUAUAUUUAUGGGUAAAUGGGAAAAGCGGGCAUUUUCACAUUCUUACUCGUUACUUCUAAAGGAAAUGUUUCAAUUGUCGGCUGUUUUACCUAUUUUUUGUAUUCGUCAAAAAAAUUUUUCACUUCAAAAAAUUAUUAGCCAUCACUGUCGCAGUAUGUUGGUCCUUGUGCCGUGGAAUGCCGAAGAACCACCAACAGUCCAGCAGUGUGCAGCGUGUUAGGUUUUACGACUUUGCACCUCAUCUUGGUUAAUUACAAAUUGAAACAUAAUUCAAAUUUAUAUAUUUUAAAAAGCAUUUGUUGGAUAAACUUGAAAUUUUUAGAAUAAACGUACUUCGAAUGCUACUUCGCCUAAACUGAAUAGAAAAGUUUCCAAAUUAAGCCGUACUACUUUUUUAUUCCAAAGGUUUAAUGUAAGCAGAUUAUUGUUUUGUUCAAUUACAAACGAGUCCAGUUUUCGAAAUCCCAACUCACAUCUGGGAUUAAAAAUGUUGAUCCUGUGAUACCGGAUUUGGGUAUCGUAAAAACGUUAAUAAGUAAUUUCUUUUUAGCAGAAAAAUGUUUUAUUUUCACAUGGCCAGAUUUUAGUUGCGAAUAAUACCGCUGAAGAAAAAUCUGUGCCGAGGUCAUUGCCGUUUGUUUUGACUUAGUCAAACGGGAAGUCCGAUACAAAUAAUUUAAUUUCAGGAUUAUUAUGCUGGAACCAUGUUUUAAUGCGUUUAAGGAAAAUUGCUGCCGAACUUGAAAAUGAGCCCUUUAGAGGUGUAGAUUCGAAUUUUAGCUAUCAGUAUUAUGCAUUCUUGUGAUCCGUGAAUGAUUAAUUUAUAAUCGUUUUAAUUAUUUAUUGGUACAUUGAUAACGAUUAUCCAAAUUCUGCAUUUUAGUUCUCUGUUGGGGCCAAAAUAUAAAAAAAUAAGGUUUGGUUGGCGGAGAUUGAAAAGUUUUGUUUACUAUUUUUAAAAAAUAGGUGCCAAACUGUUGAUUUUUAGACAUUAUAAAAGAAAUGUUAAAACUUGUGAUUCUAUAUAUGAAGAAUUGUGAGGGAUUGUAUAUAAACAAUAAAUAGUAUUUUUAUUUGAAAUGAUUACUCAUAAUAACGCUUUAAGUAUUACAUUUACAUUUUUUAACAUAUAUAAUUAUUGUUAAUUGUUAGGCGUGAUGUUUCAUAUAUUUUUUUUUUAUUUUCAAACUGUUGAUUAUCCGAUAAGCUGUUAUAAUUAAAUUUGUAACGUGGAACAUCACUUAGGGCUAGUUCAAAGGAGGAUUUUGUAAUAAACUUUUUAUAAAUCAAAAAGUUUGUGCAAUGUUUUAAUUUAUAAGUGGUAUUGUAAAAUACUUUAUGUAAAAUAGCGUAAUUCAUCUUGUGAUUAUUAAAUGAUUAUAUUUUA